CAACAGGAUCUCACUAGCUCUGCCACCUCCCUGUAUAUUGUGCUUACUGAUUAAUUUGCUAUUUGGACACGACAGGCUCUAUUCUAUCUUGUGUUAGUUAUACAAAUCAUUGACGGAGGUCUGUAUGAACAUGAUACACAGGAAGCCUAUGCGUUUUUAAUAUGUUAACACAACAACAAUCCGACAUGGGUUACACCACAUCAUGAAAAUAUUGGCAGUGUUGAGAACAGUUCUGCAAGCUGUCCAACUCAGGCAGUCCAUUCAAUUGUGGUCGACUGAGCGUAGAAGCUAGUCUGAAAACUUUAGACAUAUUUAAUCACUUCUAAGUCGUAAAAGAGUGUAAAGUGCUUGGCCAAAUUGUAUUACUACUGGACUGGUGACUGUUGAGGGUGGACAGAGAUUUCCAUUGGCAUUGAGGCUUGGAAGGAGAAUGCUGCGCAGGACCGUCUCCUUCCCCAUUGUGGCGGGACAGCUGCAGCAGCUGGGUCUACAGGGCUGUGGCUCCCACGGUGUGACAUCAUGCUCGGUGCUCGACCUCCCGGCUCUCCUCAACGCUCACCCUGGGCAACGGCAAUGGGAGGAUGAACGGUGGGGCUGGUACCAGGGGCAUGCCGAGGAAGGCCAAUGGGAGGAUGAGGGAGGGCUAGUGGUCACGCCAUCUUUUACUGGUAUGCAAAAUGAUGAGUUUGUCAGGCUGUUUGUGUCAGAGGAGGAGAGAAUCCUCAACUCUGCAGACCUGAGUGACGUUCUAGCAGAGUUGGUGUAUUCCCGAAGCAGACUAAAGCAAUUGAACUCAGAGCUGCAGAGAACAGUGGAGUUAGCCGAUGACAACAACACACUGCUACGCACUGAGAACGCUGCACUGCGCAACCAAGUCAAAGGGAUGAAUCAGUCGAUCCAUGAUGCAGAGCAGCUGAUGGAUGAGCUGGAGGAGAUCCGGAGCUUAUCAGCUGAGAAGGACGGCGCUACGGGCAACCUGGAGUCCUACAUCAAACAACUGGAGAAAGAGAAGGAGAUUUUGGAAGACCAGAUCGAGACCAUUGGCAGUGAGAUGUCCCGUAUUAUACCAGAUAGAGCCACUGACAAGAAGAAGAUCGCUGACCUCAGCAAUGCUCUACAGGCCUUACAGCUACGGCUAGAGGAGAGCAGACUCGCCCUGGAUCAGAGGUAUGAGGUCAUACAUAAGAAGGACUUUGUUAUUGAGCAGUUGGAGCAGUCCCUCACAGAGUACUCCUCCAUCGCACAGGAUCUGAAGGAGAAGAUGAAGGAUCUGGAGAGCCAACUGGCAGAGGCCCUAGUUAAUGGAGGAGAGGGGCGUUACAUGGCUUUAGAUGGGACUCUGUCUGCAGCCACUCAGCGCUCCAUCUCUCUAGCGGAGGAAAUGGGUCUACUGCCACGUAGGAUGGAUGAGUCCUCUGAUGAGGAGGUGCAGGAGCAAAGAGAUGAGAGGGUAGAGAAAGAGGAGAAGCAGAGAGUGGAUGAGAGGAUAGAAAGAGAGGAGAAUGAGAAGAAAGAUGAGGAGGUCAAGGAGGAGAAACAGCUGUUACAGGAGAAGAGAGGUGUGUGGUCAGAUCUGGUGGGAGGUGUCCAGGCAGCAGGAGGUUUCACCCUGGGUUUCCUGGCUCCUCUGGGUGUGCUGGUCUCCAUGGUCCCUGGCUGCUACGACCACUGUACUGGACUCAGCUGCACCGAUAUCCUCUGGUCUACUGCCAGAUACCUCAUACAGCCAUACUGCAAUGUGCACCACAUAGGCCUUCCUCCUCUGUAACACAUACAUACAUAUAUAUACGCAUGCAUACCUACCUACACGCACACAUUCAGAAAAACACACACACUAAUCAAACCUCAAUCGACCAACCCUGAUCUUCAACCCUCCCAGGCUGCAAUGUUGCUGUUAACUAAAUAAAACUGAAUACUGCAUCAUA